CAAUAUUUCAUCACUACUCAUCAAGUGUAAAGGCAUAUAUAGGAUAAAGAAAAGUAAAGUUAUUUAGGCAAUAAAUAUAGGAAGUGAUGGCAAACAAGUUGUGCAUAGUUAUUCUUUGUCUUGCUUUAGUAGUGGUUCAUGCCACAGCAUCAAGAGACAUGCCAAGUGACAAUGGUCUUUAUGACCAAAAGAAUGUUUUCGUUGGCGCUGGUGGUAUCGGUGGCAUUGGCAGCAAUGGCUUGCCUUUUGGUGGAGUUGUUAGUGGAGUAGGUGGGAAUGUUGGUGGAUUUGGUGCUGGAAUUGGUGGUGGAGCUGGAUUUGGUGGAGGAAUGGGGGGUGGUGGACUAGGAGGACUAGGUGGUAUUGGUGGCGAUGUUGGUGGUGGUGGUGCAGGAAGUCUUCCACUUCCAUGAAGAUUAAUAUUAGUUGAAGUUUAAUUUGUAUCAUGCAUAUUGUUUGGUUUUAGUAUUAUGGCUAGUGUGAGAAAUUAAAAGAGUGAUUUUUUUUUCUUUUCUUUUUGUUGCAUGUUUGGUUUCAUUCAUAGUGUAAUGUUAUGUGUUUUUUCACGUGUUUAAUGUAAUGUAAUUUGUUGCACUUGUAAUGCUUUUUUCUCUCUCA